CAAGCUAUGGAUCCUUUGUUUAUGGCAAAUAGCUAUUUUAGAAGACGAAAAUUUAAAGAAACCGUUGAAAUUUGCACAGUUAUCCUAGAGAAAAAUCCUUACGACCAGGCUGCUUGGCAUUUGAAGACGAGAGCUCUGACUGGCCAGGUGUAUGUAGAUGAGGUGGACGUAGAUGAAGAAGGCAUCGCUGAGAUAUUAAUGGACGACAACAUCAUAGCCAGUGUCUCGCGGCCGGGUACAUCACUCAGAGGGCCAACAGCUAAUCAUGGUGGGCCUAGUCAAGGAGUUAGACCAACAAGCCAAAGUGGUCGACCUCUGUCAGGAUUUGUACGACCUGGAACUCAGUCAGGUCGACCUGGCACCAUGGAGCAGGCCAUGAGGACACCACGCACAGCACACACAGCCAGACCAGUCACCAGCGCCUCGGGCAGAUUUGUUCGUCUUGGAACUGCCUCUAUGCUGUCCUCACCUGAGGGUCCUUUCAUCAACUUGGCCCGACUGAACAUGACAAAAUAUGCUGCACGGCCUAGCCUGGCUAAAGGUUUAUUUGAGUACAUUUUUCAUCACGAGAAUGAUGUGAGGAAUGCACUUGAGCUUGCAGCACUGGCUACAGAGGCCUCACAGUUCAGUGACUGGUGGUGGAAAGUUGCUUUGGCUAAGUGCUACUACAGGCUUGGCAUGUACCGUGAAGCUGAGAAGCAGCUGAGGUCGGCCCUUAAAACAGAUGAAGUGAUAGAUAGCUACCUGCACCUGGCCAGGGUCUACUGCAGACUGGACCAGCCCCUGGCUGCUCUAGAGGUUUACCAGCUGGCCCUCAAGCAGUUUCCCUGUGAGACCACCCUGCUGACGGGCAUGGCUAGGAUAUAUGAGGGUCUGACCAAGAUGGAGGAGGCAGUCAAACUGUACAAGCAGGUCCUGACACAUGACAGCAUGCAUGUGGAGGCCAUCGCUUGUAUCGCCACCCACCAUUUCUACUCAGACCAGCCUGAACUGGCCCUCAAAUUCUACAGACGUCUGCUCCAGAUGGGAGUGUACAAUGGGGAACUGUUCAACAACCUUGGCCUUUGUUGCUACUUUUCCCAGCAGUAUGAUAUGACCUUGACCUGCUUUGAGAGAGCCUUGGCGCUUGCAGAGAAUGAUAUUGUUUUAGCAGACGUCUGGUUCAACAUUGGCCAUGUAGCAGUCGGCAUCUGUGAUAUGAAGCUGGCCUUCCAGUGCUUCAGACUGGCACUGUCACACAACAACGACCAUGCUGAGGCCUACAACAACCUGGGCGUGCUGGAGCUCAGGAGGAAUCACCUGGAUGCUGCCAGAUCAUUCUUCCAGGCGUCUUUUGUCAUAGCUCCCCAUCUGUAUGAACCCCAUUACAACUUUGCUGCGCUAGCCGAUCAGUUGGGAGACCUACAGAGCAGCUUUGUGUCAGCCAAGCGUGCUGUUGAGUCCUUCCCUAGCCAUGUGGAUUCUCAAGAACUCUUGAAACAGCUCAAGCAACAUUUCUCUCUCCUCUAAACCCUUAUCUCUUCCAGACCCACCUUCCUUGUAGACCCCCCUCUCUAGACCCCCACUUUCUCUAGACCCACCUCUCUAGACCCCCACUUUCUCUAGACCCCCUCUCUAUACCCCCACUUUCUCUAGACCCACCUCUCUAUACCCCCACUUUUUCUAGAUCCCUCUCUCUAUACCCCCACUUUCUCUAGACCCCCCUGUCUAUACCCCCAUUUUCUCUAGACCCACCUCUCUAUACCCCCACUUUCUCUAGAUCCCCCUGUCUAUACCCCCACUUUCUCUAGACCCCCCCUCUCUCUAGACCCCCCAUGUCUAGACCCCCCUCUCUAUACCCCCCUGUCUAUACCCCCACUUUCUCUAGACCC